ACCGAAACCUCGGCAGGGUUCCCGCUGUUGCGCCGUGCGUUCUCGAAAGCAGAACUCUUCGGGCGGGAAAGAGCGCGCGCUUGAGGAAAGACGGCCAAGUGCCAGGGACAAAGAUGGCGGGCGGAGCGCGCCUCCCGUGAUGCUCCGGGUGUCACAGCGUAAAGCGUCCGGGCGGAAACGCGGAAGUGCAAGCGGUCAGAGAAAGAGAGGUCGGGGCGCUGCUUUGACGGGAGUGUCUCCCUUUGGAUCCAGCUCUCGGGAAGCCCACCAUGAAGGCUGGCCCUGCUCCCUGCUGUUCCUGCUUCCGGCCUGGAGUCUCCGCCAGCGACGUUGCAUUGCCAAAAGGAACCUGCAGCCACCACACCUUAUAGGCUCUGCCGAGUCGCGGGCGGCCACUCCACCCCACCCGCCUUGGGUUGGGUGUCCCUCGGCUUGGAGAUGUGGAAGCUGCCGCUAGUCCCGCUGCUCAUCAACUUCCUGGGCUCGCUCCUGGGCUUCGUGGCCACCGUGACCCUCAUCCCGGCCUUCAAGGACCACUUCAUCGCCGCCAAGCUCUUCGGCCUCGACUUGAACAAGACCUCGAAGCAGCCCGUCCCAGAGUCCCAAGGUGUCAUUAGCGGCGCCGUGUUCCUCAUCAUCCUCUUCUGCUUCAUCCCGGUGCCCUUCCUGAGCUGCUUUGUGGAGGAACAGUGCAAGGCCUUCCCGCACCAUGAGUUUGUGGCUCUCAUCGGGGCCCUCCUGGCCAUCUGCUGCAUGAUCUUCUUGGGCUUCGCGGAUGACGUGCUCAACCUGCGCUGGCGCCACAAGCUGCUCCUGCCCACCAUGGCCUCCCUGCCCCUCCUCAUGGUCUACUUCACCAACUUCGGGAACACCACCAUCGUGGUGCCCAAGCCCUUCCGGAUGUUUCUGGGCAUGCACCUGGACCUGGGCAUCCUCUACUACGUCUACAUGGGCAUGCUGGCCGUGUUCUGCACCAACGCCAUCAACAUCCUGGCUGGGAUCAACGGGCUGGAGGCCGGGCAGUCGCUGGUCAUCGCGGCCUCGAUUGUCACGUUCAACAUGGUGGAGCUCAGCGGGGAUUACAGAGAGGACCACAUCUUCUCCCUCUACUUCAUGAUGCCCUUCUUCUUCACCACGUUGGGGCUGCUCUACCACAACUGGUACCCCUCCCGGGCGUUUGUGGGCGACACCUUCUGCUACUUUGCGGGCAUGACCUUUGCCGUGGUGGGCAUCCUGGGCCACUUCAGCAAGACCAUGCUGCUCUUCUUCAUCCCGCAAGUGCUCAACUUCCUCUACUCGCUGCCACAGCUCCUCCACAUCAUCCCUUGCCCACGCCACCGGUUGCCCAGGUUCAACCCCGGCACAGGAAAACUAGAGAUGAGCUACUCCAGAUUCAAGCCAAAAAGCCUCUCUGCUUUGGGAAAGCACAUCCUCAAGGUGUCUGAGAAACUCCGCCUGGUGGACGUACGCCAGGGAGUGGACAAAGACGGGGAAUACCUGGAAUGCAACAACAUGACGCUCAUUAACUUCGUGAUAAAGCUAAUAGGGCCGACGGCAGAGAGAAACCUGACAGUGCUGCUGUUGCUGAUGCAGGUGAUGGGGAGCGUCGUCGCCUUCUCCGUCCGGUACCAACUGGUGCGGUUGUUCUACGACGUCUGAGCUUGGCUUCGGGAGCCAGCCAGUCUCUUCUCCUUCCCUUUCUUCCCCAAACGGUUCUUGCCUUUCAAGGCCUUGCAAGAGGCGAAGCUACCCUCGGUUUUCGCAGCCGGGACUUCUACUCGUAUUGCAGGAGCUGCGCUGUUUGUGGCCACAGCCUCCCAUCUCUGUCCACAGAAAGCCUGAUCUCAUGGGGAUUGGAGGGGAAGGUGCUGACGUUGCACAGAAGCGCAUGGAAGCGGGACGGCCUUUCUCUCCUGCUCCCGGCACUUUGCCAACCACUGCCUUGAAUGCACAAGGAACAGUAAUAAAUUAAAAAUGACUUUGUCCCAAAUGAGUGGACGCAAAGCUUCAAAGGGCAAUGGGAAGUGUGGAGAAGGGGGGCCAUGUUGUUCCCAUGCUGCUCUUUUCUUCUGAAGGCCUUCCUCGGAGACCCUCUGAGGAAGGACCCUUUGGAGCGGUGCUUCUCUUUACCGCCGUUUGGUGCGUGGCUGAAGCCUUUCUUGGGAGGGAAAGAGGAGGCCAAGCAGUCAAUGCACUUUGAGGGUGGAAUCCGGCCUCUGAGGGACGCAUUGGGCGGGAAUGGGGAGGAAUACGGAGAGCAAAGGGCCCUGCCUGUCCACUAAGAGGGAGAGCAGGGUGAGAGGCUGUGUAAUAAAGCCAUGGAGUAAUGAACGGAAAGAGAA